AAAGCAUGAGUGUGUGAUGUGCUGCAUGAACAGUGUUAAUUUGUUUGGAAAAUGUUAUCUUGCCAGACAGCCUGGCAUGUUAUUAACAAGCCAGUUAUCUGGCAACAUAGCACAUUAGAUAUUUGGCAACAUAAGAUGAUAGACAUCUGGCAAUAGAACAUUACCCCAUUUUAUUUACUCCCUCAGUCUCAUUUAUUGCAGGUACUAAUACUGCAUUUUGCAUUUGUUCUUUUAGGUUGCUGCAUUUUACUUUUUGGGAAUGGCUGGCCAUUUUGCUCUGGGGAACAGCAAUUCUCUAGCUACUAUUGAUGUUGCCGGAGCUUUUAUUGGCAUCUCAAGUCACUCGACGGUACUUUCUGGCAUCUUAAUGUUCAUGAUCACCUAUGCCUCCCCAAUGUUAUUUAUCCUUAGCAUGGUGAUGUAUAUCUCUGUGAAGGAGACAAGCUAUCUCCCAUCUCCCUUCAGUGCAGAUUCCACACAACUCCUCAAAAUAAUGCUUGGCUUUCCUUGUCUGGUUCCACUGGGGUUGAACUCCAUUUUGUUGACAGCGUACACCAUCAUAUUGCUGUUAAUGAGGAACCAUCUUUUUGUCUGGAGCGUCUUUUCUCCCAAGUACAUUUAUGUUUGUACUACAACAGUAUGCGUCUACGUUGGGGUAUCCGUAGUAUCUACAACUGUGACAUAUACAUACUUGGUGCUGGGGUUUAGAAGAAAGAUGCAAGGUGAGCUUAGCCAUGAGCAGUGAUUUGAGAUAGAGCUUGGCAUGAGGAGUAAGGCUAUUUUCAUUGGUGGUAAACCAAUGCACACAGAUCAUUCGUUUCUGUAGAAGAGUUUGUACUUUUUCCUCUUUGGCCAGAAAAUAUUAUUUUUGUAGAAAUAUAGUAGGAAACUAAACCAGCAGAAAGAAGUGCUGACGAAAGUGUUGCUUCCUGCGGAAUUUUAGUGCUGCAGUGACAAAUUUAGUACACUUUCUUUUUUGUAGCUUUGCCUCUGUCUUUUGGGAGAUGGAGUACAGGAACUAAAUUCUUGCAGAUUUGUUGGGAAAAUAAACAGGAAAGAAAGCUUGGGAAGAGCCCUAGAUUGUUGAUC